AUGCUAAAAGUGCUUAUUCCCACGAUUAUGCUAUUUCCAACAAUCUGAAUUUCAUCCCCCAAAUGGCUUUGAACAACCACGACUGCACAUAGCCUGCUUAUCGCUCUCAUUAGCCUAACCUGAUUAAAAUGAACAUCCGAAGCCGGAUGAACAGCCUCAAACAUAUAUUUGGCUACGGACCCCCUAUCUACCCCACUCCUAGUAUUGACAUGCUGACUUCUGCCAUUAAUGAUUCUAGCCAGCCAAAACCAUAUUAACCCGGAACCUGUCAACCGACAACGUCUAUACAUUUCCCUUCUCGUCUCGUUGCAGGCCUUUUUAAUUAUAGCAUUUGGUGCAACAGAACUGAUUAUGUUUUAUAUUAUAUUUGAAGCCACCCUAAUUCCAACCUUAAUUAUUAUUACACGAUGGGGUAAUCAAACAGAACGCCUCAAUGCGGGUACCUAUUUCCUAUUUUAUACUUUAGCCGGAUCACUACCAUUGCUAGUAGCCCUGUUACUAUUACAACAGUCAACAGGGACCCUAUCAAUGAUAAUCCUACAAUACUCUCAACCCCUUACUCUUGAAUCCUGAGGACAUAAAUUCUGAUGAGCCGGAUGCUUAAUUGCUUUCCUCGUAAAAAUACCACUUUAUGGCGUACACCUUUGACUACCAAAAGCACAUGUAGAAGCCCCAGUAGCAGGGUCUAUAGUCCUAGCCGCAGUAUUACUAAAACUGGGGGGGUACGGAAUAAUACGAAUAAUGGUUAUGCUGGACCCCUUAUCCAAAGAGUUGGCCUACCCGUUCAUUAUUCUGGCUCUCUGGGGUAUUAUCAUGACAGGCUCCAUCUGUCUACGACAAACGGACUUAAAGUCACUAAUCGCCUACUCAUCGGUGAGUCACAUGGGCUUAGUAGCAGGAGGAAUUCUGAUCCAAACCCCCUGGGGGUUUACAGGAGCAAUUAUUUUAAUAAUUGCACACGGAUUAAUCUCCUCAGCACUAUUUUGCCUAGCUAAUACAGCCUAUGAGCGGACUCAUAGUCGAACAAUAGUCCUUGCUCGAGGCCUCCAAAUGAUUUUUCCACUAACAGCUGUAUGAUGAUUUGCCGCUAAUCUAGCUAACCUGGCACUUCCCCCUCUCCCCAACCUGAUAGGAGAGUUGAUAAUUAUCACAUCCCUGUUUAGCUGAUCCCCAUGAACUAUUGCCCUGACUGGAGUAGGAACGCUGAUUACAGCGGGCUAUUCAUUAUAUCUUUUCCUAAUAUCACAGCGAGGCCCAACCCCUAAUCAUAUCGUGGGACUACCCCCAUUCCACACCCGAGAACACUUACUUAUAGUCAUACACCUUAUUCCAGUGGUUCUCCUAAUUACAAAGCCAGAACUUAUAUGAGGCUGAUGCUACU